GCGCUUAUGGAGAACUCAGCCCUGUCUUGUGUCCUUGUGUCUCCAGGUGAGAAUGGGCAAGUCCACGAGGCAAAGAAGCGCCCCGGAGAGACGCAGCUGCAGCAGCAGCAGCUAGCGACGCCAGGGAGAGCUGCCGACGGGGAAGUGGCGGCCAGGGGCAGCGGCGAGCAGCUCGCCACCAUGGAGCGGCGCGUUGCGGCAGAGGAAGAGCCCGGCGGCGGCGCGGAUACAGGCGCGCAGCUCCCCUUGCAGGCGCCCUGCAGCUUCAGCUCCGCGCUGUGUUUCAGUUCGCCCGACGGCGGCGGCGCUGGCGGCGGCGGAGACGCGGACAAAGCCCCGCAGCCGGAGGUCGACGCGUCCGCCUCUUCCCCGUCGUCCUCGUCCUGCAGCAGUAGCCGUGUGGUCCAGAGCCAGUGGGAGAUCAACAACGCGGCGUCCGAGUCGGAGGACGAGGAAGAAGGCGGCGGGAGAGGCUGCGCCAGCGAGCAGUUGCAGCCGUCCGCGCCCGGCUCCUUCAGCGUUCCCGCUCAGGGCGGCGAGCCGUGCCCUCCGCAGCAGCAGCAGCAGCACCUGGACCCGUGCGCUUCGCAGGUGCCGGACGAGGAGCCGGACCUGGUGAUCGAGGUGUCCGGGCGCCGCAUCCGGGCGCACAAGGCGGUGCUGGCGGCGAAGAGCGACUACUUCCGCGCGCGCUCGUCGCGGGACAUCUUGCGCGUCAAGGGGGUGAGCUACGGGGCCCUGCGCCUGCUGCUGGAGUACGUGUACACGGCGCGCAUGGGCGAGGUGCGCCACGACAACCUGGCCGAGGUGGUGAGCGGCGCCCGCGUGCUCCAGAUGCCGUGCGCGCUGCACUGCGCGGCCGAGGCCAUGCGGGCGCAGCUCCGCCUCGACAACUGCUACCAGCUGCUCUGCCUGGCCAAGAAGCAGCGGCUGGCCGAGCUGCGAGAGGCCGCCUACCGGUUCAUGAGCGACCACUACCUGCAGGUGCUGCGCGAGCCGGCCGUCUACGGGCGCCUGAGCGGCGCCGAGAGGGACCUGAUCCUGCAGCGCCGCCUGGAGGCUGGCAAGCCCUGCCUGCUGGUAGCCGAGGUGAGUGACGCCUUCGAGAGGCUCAGUGCGGGCAGCCGCCCGCAGAGCCGGGAGAGCAGCCGGCCCCAGAGCCCUUCCUCCGUGGUGUCCCUGGACGAGAGCAGCUACCUGCUCUACAGCUACCAGGCGGCUGCCAGGGAGUGGAGGGUGCUCACCCGCCUGCCCGAGGAGGCCAACGCCAAGGGGUGCGCCAUGUGCGUGCUCUACAACUACCUCUUCCUGGCUGGGGGCAUCUCCACGGCCCCAGGGGACCAGCGGGCCAGGCUGUCCGACAAGGUCUUUUGCUACAACCCCUUGACUGACGCCUGGAGCCAGGUGAAGCCCAUGGGGCAGCCUCGCUCCCAGCUGAAGCUUCUGGCUUUGGAUGGCUACCUCUAUGCUGUGGGGGGAGAGUGCCUCUUCACGGUGGAGAAAUAUGACCCCCGGGCAGAUCGGUGGAGCCCGGUGGCCCCCCUGCCUAAGGGAGCCUUUGCGGUGGCACACGAAGCCACCACCUGCAACGGGGAGAUCUAUGUGUCCGGAGGGUCGCUCUUCUACCGUCUGCUCAAGUACGAUCCCCGGAGGAAUGAAUGGCAGGAAUGCCCCUACAACAGCAGCCGGCGGCGCUCGGCUGACAUGGUGGCCUACAAGAGCUUCAUCUACCGCUUCGACGUGAGCAGCGGUCGUGGGGAACAAGGUCAGGCAGCUGGGGUGGAAGUUUUCCGGUACAACACCGUGGCCAAGCACUGGAGCCAGUGCUCGUCCCUGCGACCCGCCGGGAGCCCGGUGCAGCCGUUCCGCUGUGCGGCGCUGGGCAGCACCAUCUACUGUGUCAACCGGACGGGAAUGCUGUGCUUCAACCUGUCCCAGAAUGGCGAGGUGGAGGCGGAUGGCGGACUCAAGGGCACCUUUGACACUGAACUGCUCAAAGCACCCUAUGACACGAAGGGCAUCCUUCUCCCCUUCGUGCUUAUCCUGCCAGAGAAAGAGAAAAUCGGGGAGCCAGAGAGUCCUCUGGUGUUGUGAGACCUGGCCUGGUCCUGGGAACGCCAGUUAGCAUGCAGCUCAACCAGCACCAUGCCCCAUUUCUUGCUGUCGGCCGUGCCGGGCUCCCACCAAGGGAAGACGCAUGCACUCCAGCAUUCAGUGGUAAUGGCGAUCGGGGCUCCAAAGGCAGUGUAAGAACCAGAGGUGGAAAAUCACCUGUUCUUUAGCGAUUGUUUUAGAACUAUAGAAGCAGAACAGAAGGGCACUGUCAGAAAUGUCCUUAACUUCCACAUGCAUGGAAAAUUACUACAGUGUUUCUCCUAAAGCAUUGACUAGCUGGCUGUAGCUGUCCAAAGCUUUCUCGUGUAACUUCAUGUAGGAAGGAAUUCACCUCUUGGCACUUGUAGAACCAGCCAGUGGAAGCUUGGCUAAAGUAGGUUAAAUGUUGUACAAUAUCUGUGCCACUUUCCAGUCUAGAAGUAUUCUGGAACUAUGUAGCAUUCGGGAAAGCAGCAGCUUUGGAAGGCUUUUCAGUUACAGAGUGGCUCUUUUUGUACAUAGACAUCUUAGAAAAAGGGGAUCUUUCUGCCACCAUCUCCUCUUGGGUUUCUUCUCCCUCUUGGAUGCUAGUGGGGGUGAGGAACUGCAAGCAGUAGAGGGCUCAGUAUACCUUUUAGGAAGUCAAAACAGUACUUCUUGUGUUAGAAGCCAUGGACUAUCAUCUGGGUCACAGUAUUUGUUACCCUUUUUAAAACUUUAAUGGAAUCUUUAUUGAAGACAUGGUAUUGUACAGCCUCAGGAAGUUACAACCAGAGUACACGAUUUAACAGAAGCCAGACCUAAAGGUUUGAAACAAAUUAAAUUUCUCCCACAUGUACAUACUUUGGGAAUAGAGGGAAGCUAAAACAAAGACAUCAGUGCAUCUAUUCAGUUCCAAGUUUGUUUCUUUUUUAAGGUGUGCAUUUCGUUUAAACACACUCUAUCAGAAAUAUUAUAAUUGGGUUUGGUCCUGACAUACUCUGGCGAUGUUUCUCAGUCAGGGUUUUGCAUUGUAACUCCCAUGUUUGGAUCCUGGCAAAUUGGCUAAAAUGAACAUACCAGCGAGUUAUUAGGAGAGGAGAGUUUUAUUUGUUCAAGUUAACUGCAAAGCAACACAUGUCAAUGAAAACCAAAUGUGGCUUACUUGAAACUAAUGCACACAAUGGUAAUAUUUCAUUUUUAUGUCCAGAAUCCUUUAACAAGGUAGAGCUCUUCCAUUAUUCAUACAAGGAAGGAAGACGGGGUUUGAUGGACAAGGUGAUUUCCAUUCUACCCUAGCAGCAGCAAGGCUGAUUUUAUUAUACUUAAUAAUUCAUUCAUCGUUCAUAAUAUAUAGAGGUCAUAUACCUUCUGCUUUCUUCCCAAUUUUUGAAAUAACUAAUUACCAAGGCAACACAUUUGGAGAAAUAAAUACCUUCUUACAUGCAGGCAGUUAGAACAUACUGCUUUCCAUGUUGCAUGGACUGGACAUGAAAUUGAUAUUUUCAGUCAGUUUAAAAUUUGAGAAGUAGUUCAUCAUUGGCUUGUACCCAAAGAGCUGCUUUGGUUCACAGAGGAGGCUUGUACUAGGCCAGUUGACCAUUCUGUUUUGAAACCCAUUUUUCCUUUUGCCCUUCUUGCAAGGUCCUCCCCUCCCUUUUCUCUACAACAUGCAAACAAUGAUGGGCCCAAGGGCACCCAGUACACUUGUGAGAAGCUAAACUCUUAAGUUUCUGUGCUGUAAGCAAUGUAGAACCCUGGCUCUCCAGCACUUGUGCUGCCUUUCAGCCUUUAAGUUUCAGCUUUCCAACUAGCGUAUUUUAAAGAGUGUGCUUCUGCUACAUUCGGAUUAACCAGCGAAACCUGGAUGUUUUGUGUUGCAUGUGAGUUCUGAGGAUCAUUUUUAAGAGAGAUCUUAUCCGUUUGAUCUACUUAUGCUGUAGGCAUAGUGCUCCUGAAUGGCAAGUGGGGCCCUGGCUCCCUACUUCUGGUACAGCUGUGCGGGUUCCCAGAGAUCUGUAUAUGCAACGGGGCAGUAAAGGUUUGGGAGGUCAGUGCACACUUCCUGUAUAGCCAUUUGGCCGUUCCUUUCUGCUAAAGAUGGGAAUAUGGGAUGUUUGUACAGAUGUCUUCUUUCUCCUACUGUAUGCAUGCAUAGGAGGCAGGAACUAAUGUUCCAUUAAGCCUUGUUGAAAUUUUCAAUCGGGAAGGGCAGUUCCCAUCAUCAUCAUCAUCAUCCUAAUGAUACUUCAGCAUACAUUUGACUUUACUGCGGGAAGAAGCUGUUUAAUGCAUAUGACAACUUGACUUCAAAGAAUGUCCAUAGAAGACAGUCACUUUUUAGUGAAAAGGUAACAUUCUCAUGCAUUAUUUCCAAAGGAAAGCAGCAGAUUUUAUAGUAAAAGCCAUCAUGGAGUUAAAAAAAAAUCACACAUUAUUUAUUUAUAGUUAUUGUGAUUUUUGUGGAGAAAUUCCCUCCCUUCUAAAGCAACGGUAUGGAAUUCAAACACAAAAAUGGCCAAAAAGAACCUGAAAGAGCAAAAACUCCAUGCUUCCCACAUCAGCAAAAGCCCAGAAGGGUAAAGGGUAAACACCUAGAAGGCUUGAAAGCCAGUUCUUCAAUAAUCAUCUCUCCCUGGGGCAAGUAGGAUUGCUCUGUUGCCUGGAAGUAAGCCCCACUAAAGUCAGUUUGGCUUGAUUCUGAGCUUGCAAGGUAAUGCCAUCUGAAAAAAAACAAAAACAAAUGGGUUACAUUCAGGCUUCCAGACCCACUGAAAUCAUUGAGAGCAACCCACAUUUAACUGAAGCCACACUGAUUGCAGUAGGCCUACUCUAACCAUGACCAUGAGCUUUCCAAGAUGAGCUUUCAGCCUGCCACUUUACUCUGGCUUCUGGGUUCUUUGUGGGAUUAAGAUUAGAUCCUCUGCACACAUUUUUUCCCUUCCUCUUUGCCUUAUAUGUUCCCCUACAUAACUCUGCUUUGGUAUAGAGGAAUUCCACAACUAUUCUAGGGUUUCAUUCAGCCAUUCCCCAGAAUAUCAAGACUUUCCCCCAUAACUGUUCCCUCCCCCAUGAAAAAGUAUGGGAGAGGCCCUGGAAGAUGUCAUUCCCAUCUAAAGCACCCACAGACUCCCUUGAGUGAGGAUGCAUACACAAUGCACGCCUCAGGUAGAAAAGCUCAGUGUUAGGGUACCAUCCUGCUCUAGCUGGCUAUAAUCACACCUUUUGGAUCAGGGUUGUGGAACACGCGGUCCUCAAACUCAGAUCAUUCCUCCUCCCUGGCUGUGCUGGCCAGUGGGAGUUGUAGUUCAACAACAUUUGGAAGACCACCUGUGGCACGACCGUCUCUAAACUGUGAUCUAGCCCAGGGCAUGCCUUGUACAGAAGCGCCAUGUUGCCUCCCUCCCUUCUGCCUGGUUAGGUCUUCUGUGCUCCGAAUGCUGCACAGCAGCUGCAUUUACAGGGAACGGGCCGGAUUGGCCCCCACAAGUUCCCAGGAGUGAAAUAGAUGAUCCCCAGAAUGAUGAGAUCUGUGCCCACACACAAGCAUCUGAUCAAGUUCAGAAUGCUCUGUAUUGCUCAAGUAACAUUUGGGGCGCGCGCGUGUGUGUGUGCCAGAAGCAAAAAGAUGUUUCCUGUUAGAAGUUAUCUAGAGUCCAUGGAAUAAGUUUGUGAGACAUCCAAAUAACACAGUCAGCUCUGUUGUGCUGUACAGUUUGGGGGAAGAAAUGACGAAAUGUGGUUUCCUGACUAUUUCAAGUCUCAGCCUGAUGCAGCAUUUUUGGGAAGGUUUAGUAAGGAACUAGCAAAUGGUGCCAUUUCUUUCUCACAGUCCAGUUAGACAUGAAUCUCAACAGGGCAAUCUUAUGCAUGUCUGCUCAGAAGUAAGUCCCAUUGAAUUCAAUGGAAUUUACGUUCAAGAUUGCAGCUUUAAUUGUGCAGUUUGAGCAAAAUCUGGAAGUUACUGCAAUCAUUUCAUGUAUAGAAUGAUUAAAAAUCUCACAUAGUUUUAAAACUGACCAUGCCCUGCAAUACACUUUGUGAAUUUCAUCACAAAGCAUUUGUGAAUAAAAAACAUUACUGAACAGACGGAAGGAAAACAUUCCCAAUUACUGUUGCAUUUCUGCUGUUUCAUGUGCAUACAAAAAUGUGUGUAUAGCUCUAAUCCUUCAGUCCUGGUAAAACAGCAUCCUCCUUGAAUUUAAAGUUAAGCACACAAGUGAAUGCUCCCAGGGCUAUAAUCUGUACUUAAUUACUAGCCAUUUAAUACAGCUUCCUUUAUUUGAUGUGUGCAUAAUCACACCCAGAUGAUUGGCUCUUUUGGCAACAUAUGGGACACUUCUAAACUGAUUUCCUGUUUGGUGCCCGUCUUUUUCUCAUGCACAGGCGUGUGGUGCUUUGAAUUCUGAAAGUCCAAUGAAUAAACAGCAAACUUUCCCACCAUACAUUCUCAGCAUAUAGAAAACUAACUUGGGAAUUACACGCCAUCUGUUUAUAUUGUUUUGGCACUAUUUUGAACAAAUUCUGUUUGCUCCACCUUUCCCCAGAGUAGCUGGAGAAAAGAAUGACCCAAUAUUUGAACUACAGAGAUUGCAACAAAUAAAAUGGGGAAGAUGCUAAUCACACCUGUUUAAUGAAUAAAACCACUGUGCAUCAAUGAGUAUUUGAUGCACAAUGAACCCCCUUAUCAAUAAACACCUGAUACAAUUUCAUCGGCUUAAAAGAAUAAAUUAUUCCUGGGGAAGGAGUAUCUCUCUUGUGCUUUUAGUCAGCAGACAGAGGAACUGCUUUCAGCUCAGAAGUGGCUCAUGAUUACUGUGCCCUCCCUGGUGAGGUACAGUUUGAUUUUGUUACAGAGGCACAAUGUAGGGGGCCAUGUCCCAGUCCCAGGACGUCGUGUGCCUGCACAGAACCGCUGCUGGUGUGCCAACAGUGACAGCAGAGCAAAGUGGGGAAACAGGAAGUGAUGCUGCCAUUUUAGAAGCAUUGCAGGCACAUGUAGCAGCCCGCACAUUCUGAACUGGGGUGAACAUGAGAUGGUAAGGGGACAGGUGAUGGCCAGGCUUGAUAUAAUUGGGGCCUGUCCCAUAGGACUUUCCCACAAAAUUACCAUGUUGCUAGGACUGCUGUGUGUGUGAGAGAAAGAGAGAGAGAGAGAGAGAGAAUUGGAAGGGAAUGAUCCAUCUUGCACUGCUGAGCCUUUCAUGUGUCAUGGCAACACCAUGGGAUGAAAUCAUAGAAUAUUAGCUCUUAGUCCAGUGCUGGAAGAUAGAGGACUUGUCUUAUUAAAUUUUUACAGGCACAUAGAGCAGUUAUAUAAGGGAGAACAACAUAGGUUCUUGAGACACCUAAACGUACCAUUUCCCAACCUGGUGCCACUGUACUGGCUGGGACUGAUGGGAAUUAGUUAGCAUAACUGGACAGCUGCCUGAAAGAUGAACAAAUUUAUUCCAUGCUACGCUUUUGUGAAAACUACUCUUCAUUGGAUAUAUGAAGUAAUAACUUCAGACACGCAGAUUUAUAUAUAUAUGCUGGGGUAGCAGAGAAGGUGUAAAUUGUGUGCUCAGAGGGAAUCGAAAUGCAUUUUAAAAUAUUUGUGUGUAUCUGUACUCUGCCUUUACCCCACAUAUUGAAGUUUUAUUCAGCUCCAUUCUUUCUCGGGAAUGAGCUUUUGAACACAGGGCUGGUUUGCGCAUUCCAAAUAAGCAGGCUCAACUAAGCCAUGGUGGCCUGAUGUGAAUUGUGGGGGGUGCUAGUGCAAUUUGCAUAAUUACUGCUUGAACAUGGUUUACUGUGUCGCCCAAACCAGAAUAGCCUGGCAGGUUGGAGGGCUAAGCAACCCCCACUUGUCUCCUUCACCCUCCAAGCAGCCACGCUGCCCCAGGUUUGGUGGAUUCAACAAAUUGUAGUCAGGUGGUGAUUAUGUAUGUUGCAUCUGGCACACCCUGAAAGUCACAGCAAGCCACCAUGGCUUGUGCUGAUCCUGUAACCUGGGUUGGUGAGACCUGUUUUUUUAUUUUAAAUUGGCAUUUUUAGUUAGAAAACAGAAUGGCCUCCAAAAAAUCUACAGGAGUAACUUUCCUAGUAGAACCUAGUAUAAAAAGUUGUAUUUUAUAAUUCAGCAGUUUUCCUACACUGUAUAUCUUCCAAUAAGUUUAUCACUCGGUGCUGAGACUCCAUCAGAGGGGACAAAAGCAAAUAGGAGAGGAAAAGAAAUCUAGCCUGCAAUCCUGUUCACACUUUCCUGGACACGACACUCAAUGAAGAUUACUUCUGAAUAGACAUGUGCUAGAUUGCACUGUAUGUGUGGCUUUCUCCCUCUGUCUGUUUGCACAACUAGUAAACAAUCGUGCGGGGAAUAAGAUGUUGUAACUGUACUACUACUGUGCUUGUAUAAUAAAAGAACUGUUCCCCCAUAUCACAGAAUAGUAGAGUUGGAAGGGGCCAAGAAGGCCAUCAGAUCCAACCUCCUGCUCAGGGCAGGUUAAACCAUCCCCCUCAGAUGGCCGUCCAGCUGCCACUUGGAUGUCUCCAGCGUGGGAGAGUCCACAACCUCCCCAGGCCAUUGGGUCCGCUGUCGUACUGCUCUAACAGCCAGGACCCGAAUCUCUCAUGUCAGUACCACCUUUGUAGCCAGGUAUUCACCUGGAGUAUUUUUCUUUCCCUGUCUGUUCCUCUUCCAAGAACUGGAAGAACCGAAGAGAAAACUAUCUGGGCUCCAAAGUUCUUGACUUUUCUCACCAAAGCUUCAAAAUAUGACGUGAUUUCUCAGAGCUCUGCUUGGCAGUGUCAUUUGUUCUCAUACGUUUAUAUUGCUUGGUGCAACCCCAGGGAAUGUAGAUGGGUAGUUUGAAGCUCACCAAUGCCUCUUCUGGGUUUGGAAAUAUAAAUGAUCGUGCUAUGCAUGAUAGGUUCGGCUCCCUCAGGCAAUCUAGACAAGCCCCUUUCAGCAGUUCUUUCCAACAAACAUUGCAUGCUGGCCUGUGCAGUAUCUACUGGGCAACUAUGCAAUGAUCACCAGAGUUACUUAAAACCCCCCUCCCCCACUGCCUCCAAGCCAAGGGGACUCUUAACAAAAAGACCGUUAGCACAUGACUAAUUGGAUGCAGGACUGCAGCCAAAGUUUACCAUCACGAGUCCCAUUUUAUUCCAACCAGUUUUGAACACUUGACCUGUUUUCCAGCACAUUCCAGCCAGUUUUUAAUACAUGACCAAUAUAGUUAAAAUAGUAAUUUUAAGAUGAGUUGGUUCUUGCCCCUCAGCCCUCCCAUUAAGUUUCUUCUUCCUUUUUUUAAAGCAGUAAUAAUAGGAAAGCAUUUGUGACAUGCAAGGUUUCAGCAAGGUGCUUUGGUGCUUUGUAUGCCUAGUGGGAAAGACUGAAUACAUUUCUUGAGUGAACAUGUUGAUGCCGCCGCUUAUCACAGAUUAAUGCAAAUGCUUUGGACACUGCACAAUGCAAGCAAACUACAUGCAGGGCAAGUGUGAUUUGUAAGCAGUCUGUUUUUAAAUGCACAGGCAAACGUUUCCAUAAAGCUUUUUCUGUACUUUGGCAUAUGCUCUAAUGGAAUAAAUACAAGAAGAAAGCAAAUGCUUCAUAAUGGAA